UGGUCCCCCACCGUCAGCAUGAGCCUAUGAGCUGUCAGGGGCCCCGGCUCUCAACACACCCCAGGUUUAAAAAGCAGGGGCUGGAGGACUGAGGAGACACUCCUUCCCAGCAUCGAGGUGUGCUGAAUUUGCUCCUUUUCUCUGUGUCUCAGGAUGUGUUUGGUUUACAGCCGGGCCCCCGGCAUCCUGCUCCUCUUGGCCCACCUCCUCCUGAGCACCAGCUGCAGUCUAGAGCCCACGGUUGAAUGGGAGAGAGAACCUGCGUACUGGAACGAUCAGGCCAGGCGGACGCUGGAGGCUGCCCUCACACUGCCACUGCGAGCGCAUCGUGCCAAAAACCUCAUCCUCUUCCUCGGCGACGGGAUGGGAGUGUCUACGGUUUCAGCCGCCCGUAUACUGCGAGGUCAGAUGGAAGGACAGUCAGGGGAGGAGACGGUUUUGGCCAUGGAUACAUUUCCAUAUGUUUCCUUGUCAAAGACGUACAGUGUUGACAAGCAGGUGGCAGACAGUGCUAGCACAGCUACGGCGUACCACUGCGGUGUGAAGGCUAAUGCCAAGACAGUGGGUUUGAGCGCUAAAGCAGUGGCCUAUGAGUGCAACACCACAUUUGGCAAUGAGGUUUUCUCAGUGUUACAUCGCGCCAAAGCACAAGGAAAGUCCGUUGGCAUUGUGACCACCACCAGAGUCCAGCACGCGUCGCCGGCUGCUGCGUACGCCCACUCUGUGAGCCGCAGCUGGUACAGCGAUGCAGACGUGCCCUCCGCUGCCCGCCGGCAGGGCUGCACCGAUAUUGCCACGCAGCUGGUGACCAACACUGACAUUGAUGUAAUUCUUGGCGGUGGCCGCAUGUACAUGACACCCAAGGGUACCCCUGAUCCAGAAUACCCCUCUUCAUCCUCUCGCAAAGGGGAUCGCAAAGACAAAAAGAACCUCAUUGAUGUCUGGCUAAGUGCUCGAAAGGCAAGGAAUGCCCAAUAUGUCUGGAACAAAGAGCAGCUUAGUGCAGUGAAUGUUAAAACAACAGACUGCCUGAUGGGGCUGUUUGAACCCAAAGACAUGAGGUUUGAAGAGUUCAGGAACCGCACCCGUGACCCCUCUAUUGUGGACAUGACUGAGAAAGCCAUUCAAAUCCUCAGCAAGAAUCCUAAAGGGUUUUUUCUCUUUGUGGAAGGAGGUAGAAUAGACCAUGGUCACCAUGAUGGGGUUGCCAAGCUUGCUCUAACUGAAACCAUCAUGUUUGACCGGGCAAUCCAGAGAGCGUCUGAGCUGACCAGUGAAUCGGACACUCUCACUGUUGUCACUGCAGAUCAUUCCCAUGUCUUCACUUUUGGUGGAAAUACACCACGAGGGAACCCUAUUUUUGGUCUGGCACCCAAGAAGGCUGAGGAUAGUCUUCCAUUCACUAGUAUCUUGUAUGCUAAUGGACCAGGAUACAAUUAUGUGAAUGGAACACGAGGAAAUGUUUCAGCAGUGGAUCAUUUUAGUGAAGAGUACAUGCAACAAGCUGCUGUUCCUUUAGAAUCAGAGACACAUGGAGGGGAAGAUGUGGCUAUCUACGCAAAAGGCCCAAUGGCUCAUCUCUUUCAUGGAGUCAAAGAACAGAAUUAUGUGGCCCAUGUGAUGUCUUAUGCAGCAUGUCUGGAGCCAUACACUAACUGUCCACUGCGUCUUCAUAGCUCAGGGGGCUGUAAAAUCACUCUUUCAGGGCCCCCUGUCUUAAUAACCGGCGUGUUUUGGCUUGUCAUGAGAUGACAGACUCUAAUGCAUAAGUCAUUAUAGCUCCAGGACACUUUGGGGCUUUUUGGAGAUUUAUAACCCAAAUAGUUUAUACUGAAAUUUGGUGCUCUGCAGAAUUGCAAUGCUAUGUAUAUACAUAUAAAGAUUUCUUUUUUUUUUAUGGAUGUAUUUUAUAACCAUAUUUUUGUAUAUAUUGCGCAAUGGAAGACUCUUUUGCACUGUGACUAUACAUUUUAAACGUGAGACCAAUAAACUUUCU